UUACAAUUGUAAAAAUGCUACACACCAUGUUAUGAGUAAUGAUGAAUUCCUCUUCCGUGUUGACUUAUAUAGUAAACCUGUCUACAAUGCAAGUCACAAUGUGUGUGACAACAUCGUUCCUUGUUUUAAGUUUCAUAAUUCAAUCAAAUUCAAAACGAUUGAACGUUUCCACAAAAGCCUGUGAAAUGCACGUAGCAUGGGACAAAAGUGAUUAUUGGGAAUUUGAAAUAAUUGUAAAACCAGCGAAUGAUAAUGCAACAUUUCGUCUAUACACAAACGAUCGACAGUUCAUAUAUCAUCCGACUGAAGCAAACGGAAAAUAUGAAAUACAAUGGACACCAAUAACAAUGAAUGGCACCCAGCAAAAUCGAGUGGUUAAUGGAACAGAAAAGGAAACUGUUGUGUUAAACGGAUGUCAAUCGAUUGACAACUUUACAACAGCAGCUGUUGAACCUCGGUGUCAAACGAAUGACUUUACAACAGCGGCUGCUGAACUUCAAUUUUACACAAUCUAUUUCUGGACUUCCCUUGUGACAUUGUCUGUUUUGGUGAUUGCUACCGGGAUAUUCCUGUAUGUCUGUGUUUUACGAAGGAAUCGCGCGUUCAAGAGAAUACGCAACAACGCGCCCCUCUCCAGGCCACCCAUGGAUGUGAGUUCAACCUGCUAUGAUAACAGUACUGGAAAUGCUCCGGUUUAUGAUGAAGUCCGGUAUUCACUUGUAAGAGACACCAGAUUAUAAAUUACACACCAGAAACAUCAGAUUGUAAAUUACCUUGUAAGAAACAUCAGAUUGUAAAUUACCUUGUAAGAAACAUCAGAUUGUAAAUUACCUUGUAAGAAACACUAGAUUGUAAAUUAUCUUGCCUCUCACCUCUGGUCGGCGCGGGUUCGAAUCCCGCUCGCGCCGGUAAGUGAGAAAGUUCCCCAGUUUACUUUCGGAAGCUCGGUGGUCUCUUCCCAGGUACAUUGUAUCUGGGUUCUCUCUUCCAUCAACAAAUACUGGGCGCCACCAGAUAACUGAAAAAUUGGAGUGUGGCGGAAAACAUCAAAACAAACAAACUUGUAAGGAACACCAGAUUGUAGAUUACCUUAAUGUAAGAAACAUUAGAUUGUAAAUUACCUUAAUGUAAGAAACAUCAGAUUGUAAAUUAACUUGUAAGAAACAUCAGAUUGUAAAUUACCUUGUAAGAAACAUCAGAUUGUAAAUUACCUUGUAAGAGACGUCAGAUUGUAAAUUACCUUGUAAGAAACAUCAGAUUGUAAAUUAACUUGUAAGAAACAUCAGAUUGUAAAUUACCUUGUAAGAGACAUCAGAUUGUAAAUUAACUUGUAAGAGACAUCAGAUUGUAAAUUAACUUGUAAGAGACAUCAGAUUGUAAAUUACCUUGUAAGAAACAUCAGAUUGUAAAUUAACUUGUAAGAGACAUCAGAUUGUAAAUUAACUUGUAAGAGACAUCAGAUUGUAAAUUACCUUGUAAGAAACAUCAGAUUGUAAAUUACCUUGUAAGAAACAUCAGAUUGUAAAUUACCUUGUAAGAGACAUCAGAUUGUAAAUUACCUUGUAAGAGACAUCAGAUUAUAAAUUACACACCAGAAACAUCAGAUUGUAAAUUACCUUGUAAGAGACGUCAGAUUGUAAAUUACCUUGUAAGAAACAUCAGAUUGUAAAUUAACUUGUAAGAAACAUCAGAUUGUAAAUUACCUUGUAAGAGACAUCAGAUUGUAAAUUACCUUAUAAGAGACACCAGAUUGUAAAUCUCGGUUUUAUUUUAGACGAUGGCGUACGGUAUUUCUUUAUGGGGGACUCUAGAAAUCGGUCAUGUUUUAUAUGAUGGAAGUACAGAAUUUCCUGAUAUAUACAACUUGAUUUUGUUUUAUAUCCAGUCAGAUAUUGUAAGUGUUGAAUAAAGACAGUUGGGUUGUAAGUAUAAAACAAGAAUGUCUGAAUUGGGAUUAACAUAUUUAUGGGAAGAAUCAGGAUUUGGCCAGAAUACAUACAAGGUAAUUGAACAAAAAUUGUUAGAUAUAUAUAAGCAAAAUAUUUUUUCAUCUUUUGUAAAUUCACCAAAAUGUUUUUUAUAUCAUUAUUGAUAAUUUUUGUUUACAGUUCUAUCUUAAAGAACCGAUUGAUCCCAAUGGAAAGAAAUAUAUAACAAAAUUUCGGACGUCUUCACACUCUUUGAACAUUGAGAAGGGUAGGCAUAAAAAUAUUUCAAGAAAUAAUAGGAUUUGUACAUUUUGUAACCUAAAUGAGUUAGAAGACGAAUUUCAUUUUAUUUUAAAAUGUCCUUUUUAUAACGGUUUAAGAAUUAAAUAUAUCAAAACAUUUUAUUACAAGAAACCCAGUGUCUUCAAAUUAGUAAAGCUUCUUAGUGUAAAUAAUACAAAAGAACUCAAUAAUUUAGGAAAGUUCCUACAACAAACUGCAAAGUUUCGAUCUUCAUGUAACUUAUGAAUUCUGUACUUGCUUCGACAUAUUAUUCACGUGUAUUGUUAUACGUAUGUUGAAAUGCAUUGAUUUUAUAUCCUCAAAAUUGUAUGUGUAUGUCUACUCACCCUCUACUGUAUUAUUUGUAUAUGUAAAUAUUUUGUAUUUAUAACCGAUGAGCUGUACAGCUUAAGGAAAAUAAAGAAUCAGAAUUACUGUA